AAACAAGAGCCAAGCUAAUGAGAUAAGUGUAUCGGUGAGGCUGAGAGUUAUUCACUUACAAAAAAAAAAAAAAACUUGAGUGUAACCAAAAAAAAAAGUUGAUAUACUUUCUGGUUUUCUCCUUAACUUUUAUUCUUUACAAAUCCAUCCCCCUUAGAUCUGUUUAUUUCCCGCUACUUUGAUUCAUUUCUGUUAGUAAUCUGUCUUUCGUAUAGAAGAAAACUGAUUUCUUGGUUUGUAUUUUCUUAAAGAGAUCAAUCUUUUUUUAUUUUUGAUCUUCUUGUGUUUUUUUUUCUUUGUAGAAUUAAUCGUUUGUGAGGGUAUUUUUUUAAUUCCCUCCUCUCAGAAAUCUACACAGAGGUUUUUUAUUUUAUAAACCUCUUUUUCGAUUUUCUUGAAAACAAAAAAUCCUGUUCUUUACUUUUUUUACAAGAACAAGGGAAAAAAAUUUCUUUUUAUUAGAAAUGACAACUUCUAUGGAUUUUUACAGUAACAAAACGUUUCAACAAUCUGAUCCAUUCGGUGGUGAAUUAAUGGAAGCGCUUUUACCUUUUAUCAAAAGCCCUUCCAACGAUUCAUCCGCGUUUGCGUUCUCUCUACCCGCUCCAAUUUCAUACGGGUCGGAUCUCCACUCAUUUUCUCACCAUCUUAGUCCUAAACCGGUCUCAAUGAAACAAACCGGUACUUCCGCGGCUAAACCGACGAAGCUAUACAGAGGAGUGAGACAACGUCACUGGGGAAAAUGGGUGGCUGAGAUUCGUUUACCGAGGAAUCGAACUCGACUUUGGCUCGGAACAUUCGACACGGCGGAGGAAGCUGCUUUAGCUUAUGACAAGGCGGCGUAUAAGCUCCGAGGAGAUUUUGCGCGGCUUAAUUUCCCUGAUCUCCGUCAUAACGACGAGUAUCAACCUCUUCAAUCAUCAGUCGACGCUAAGCUUGAAGCUAUUUGUCAAAACUUAGCUGAGACGACGCAGAAACAGGUGAGAUCAACGAAGAAGUCUUCUUCUCGGAAACGUUCAUCAACCGUCGCAGUGAAACUACCGGAGGAGGACUACUCUAGCGCCGGAUCUUCGCCGCUGUUAACGGAGAGUUAUGGAUCUGGUGGAUCUUCUUCGCCGUUGUCGGAGCUGACGUUUGGUGAUACGGAGGAGGAGAUUCAGCCGCCGUGGAACGAGAACGCGUUGGAGAAGUAUCCGUCGUACGAGAUCGAUUGGGAUUCGAUUCUUCAGUGUUCGAGUCUUGUAAAUUAGAUGUUGCCAUAGGGGUAUUUUAGGGACUUUAGAGCUCUCUGCGAUGGAGUUUUUGGUCAUUGCAGAGAUUUUAUUAUUAUUAAGGGGGUUUGUUAUGUUAAUAUCAAAUAAGUUUAUCUACUUUGAUGUUAAUUAGUGUUAAUCUCUGCGUCGGUCCAAGCUGUUUUUUUUUGGCAUGCUUCGACCGUGUGAGAUUUCUUAUGUAAUUUUUGUAGUUCCUUGAUUUUCUUAGUUCAAGUUAAAUUGGCACAAAAGAACAACGAUCAAAGUAGAAGAAACUAAAUUCCUUAACUAUAAAAACUUGAUUGGUAUGAAACUGCAAAAACUCCUUCUAAAUCUACAAAACAUGUAACUCACUUCUCGUAAUAACUAAAUUCUGGA